CCUUAUUGAUGAUUGCAUGUCUGAUCCAGUGGGUCAUUCAAGGGAAUAGUAUACUGAUCGAGAACUGGGAAGAUCCCGGUUCUGGAAAUCCAUUACUUGAUACUUUUAAUGGUAUAUGUGUAGGACUUUUAGGGAUCACUGGCUUUGAAACUUCUUGUAAUUAUAUAGAAGAUCAAAAGCCUGGUGUCUUUCCAAAGACAAUUCGAAAUAUGUGGGUGUUGGCUUUUAUAUUUAAUGCUCCCAUUUCAUUUUUAGCAAUCACGAUAAUGCCCUUAUCAACUUUCAAAGUACAUCAAAAUGAUAUAAUUUCUACUUUGGGUGGCUAUGCUGCUGGCGAUUGGUUGAGAAUUUUUAUUACCGUCGAUGCAGUUAUCGUAUUAGGUGCUGGUGUGUUGACUGGGUUUGUUGGUGUCUCAGGAUUGAUUCAUAGGAUGGCCUCCGAUCAUCUAUUACCACAAUUCUUGCUAAAUAGAAAUCGGUUUACUAAUACUUAUCAUUGGAUUAUUUUAAGUUUUCUUGUCUUUUGUAUAACUUUGUUCACGAUAGUUGGAGGCAAUGUAACGUCAUUAUCGGGUGUGUUUGCCGUAUCAUUUCUCAGUGUAUUAUGCAUGUUUGCAGUUGGGAAUAUUUUACUUAAAUUCAAACGUGGAAGAUUAUAUCGACCAAUUCAUGUAUCUACUGGAACCGCUGUUUUUGGAUUUGCAUGUAUCUUGGCUGGACUAAUAGGAAAUAUAAUUUAUGACCCAACCAUUGCAGGAUACUUUGCAAUAUACUUUGGAAUCCUAUUUACCAUCAUGAUGAUUAUGUUGAACAGAGUUUGGCUUUUAAAAACAAUUUUCUUCUACUUGGAUAAGACCGUAACGUUGCAUAAAUACAAAUUAGAUAAAGUGCUUAUAAGAUCAAUCAAAAAGUUGAAGCAACAACCCGUCGUAUUUUUUACAAAAACUGAUGAACUUCAUAUUCUAAAUAAAGCCAUUCUGUAUGUCAAAAAUUCAGAAUCUAGCAGCUUUUUGAAAUUGAUUCAUAUUUAUGAAAAAAUCGAAGAUAUACCUCCACGACUUGAGGCGAACCAUCGUGUCCUUGAUGAGCUAUAUCCAAAAAUACAAAUUGAUUUGAUUUUCAUUCAAGGAGAAUUUAAUCCUAAAACUGUAGAAUGUAUUUCGAAGCAUUUACGAAUUCCAAAG